AGAAUCAACAUACCCACACCCACUGUUCAAAAAGGAUUGCACAGACUUAAUUCAACACUUUCCAGAGAGUAAAGGCAUGGCAGAGCUGGCAGGUCUGGUGCAGCGCCUGGAGGUGGCAGUCGGGCGUCUGGAGGCCAUGUCCGGUGGGGGCGGCUCGUCCGGUGGCUCAGGAGUUGUGUCUGCCUAUGUGGAGGCUUAUGAUGAGCUCAUCGCUGGGCCCGUGGCUCAGUACAUAGCCCUUAGCCAGAAGAUAGGAGGAGAUGUCCAGAAGCACGCGGAAAUGAUGAAACAAGGUUUCUCCUGUCAGAGACAGCUGUUGGUCACAGCCUCUAGCUCCCAGAAGCCCUCUGAUGAUGCCAUGAAAUCUCUGCUGGCACCUGUCUCCAAGGUGAUUGAGCAGGUGCAGACGUUCCGUGAGCAGAACCGCUCCUCUCCCCUCUUCAACCACCUGUCUGCCAUCAGCGAGAGUGUUCCCGCCCUGGGCUGGCUUGCCGUGGCACCCAAACCAGGUCCCUAUGUGAAAGAGAUGCAGGAUGCUGCCAUGUUCUACACAAAUCGCGUCCUGAAGGAUUACAAGGACAAGGACAAAACACAUGUGGACUGGGUCAAGGCCUAUUUGUCUAUCUGGACUGAGCUGCAAAACUACAUCAAGCAGCACCACACAACUGGCCUGUCUUGGAGCAAGACCGGUCCUGUGGCCUCUGCUUCUUCUGCGCCCCCCAGCGCCCCUGGUGGCAGAGCUCCUCCACCCCCAGGCCCUCCACCGCCUCCCAUGGACCUGGGGCAGUCGUCCUCUGGUGGAGUCUCUGGUCCAGAUGGUCGCGGCGCCCUGUUUGCCUCCAUCAACAAGGGCGCCGACAUCACCAAGGGUUUGAGACAUGUAUCAGACAAGGAGAAGACUCAUAAGAACCCAGGACUCAGGAGCCAGGGAGGUCCCGCUCACACUGGACCAAAGCCUUUCUCCUCUCCCAAACAGCCUGCAACCGCAGCAGCCCCUGCCCGUAAGCUGCCCCCCGUCCUGGAGCUGGAUGGCAAGAAGUGGAAAGUGGAGAACCACGAAGGCGUACAGAACCUUGUGAUCAGUGACACAGAGCUGAAGCAGGUGGUUUACGCCUACAAGUGCAGCAACAGCACUCUACAGGUCAAGGGAAAGCUCAACUCCAUCACUGUAGACAACUGUAAGAAAAUGGGUCUCGUCUUCGACGAUGUCGUGGGUAUCGUAGAAGUGAUCAACUGCAAGGACGUGAAGAUUCAGGUUACUGGUAAGGUGCCUACCAUCUCCAUCAACAAGACGGACGGCUGUCACGUGUACCUCAGCGAGGGUUCUCUGAGCUGUGAGAUCGUUAGCGCGAAGAGCUCAGAGAUGAACGUACUGGUGCCUGGCAAAGAUGGAGACUAUACCGAGAUUCCAGUUCCCGAACAGUUCAAGACUGUAUGGGAUGGUCGUAAGCUGGUUACCACAGCAACUGAAAUUGCUGGAUAGAGGGACCACUAUUGAGAAGCCGCCCCCCCCCCCCCCCCUUCACAAAUGCCUACCUACCUACCUACCUGACUGACCAACCAACCAACCAGCCAGCCAACCACAAUGUAGACUGAGAUGCCAACACUCCCUGUCAGCCAAUCAAAGCAGCCACUGCAUCUUCAGCCAAUGGAGGGGGGACUGCUUGCUUUAUGUAGAGCAAUCCCUCAGCCAAUAGCAGGGAGAAGCCUUUUCCAUCCCAUUUGGUUAAAAGAAAAAAGCUGAACCAUAUGCCAACCACAAAGUUUAGGUUUAUGCUAUUGUAUGAAUGUUUAUGAAGCAUUCCAGCCAUGCAAAGAAAAUAAAUGUUAAAGAGUGGCCAACACGAGGAAGCAAAGCUUUAUCAUAAUUUGUCUUUUUUUUGGUUUGACUCCUCUUCCAAUCAAGCUAUGGUCUAAUUCAUUACCCUUGUUUAGAUUACAUUCCUUUUAUUUUACUUUUUGUUUACUUGGUCAGGGGGCAAGUAUUUGGGGGGGGGGUUGCCAAAGUGGUUUCUGUUCCAUAUAUGCAAUUCAGCCCUGAAGCACAUCUAUGACCUUCCCCCACUCCUCAGACAUCGAUGCUAUCACUUCCGACAUGGAUAACUUUGAUGUUCUUAAUGUUCUUAGGGAUAAUUAUAACAAAGAUCUGUGUCAUCACCCACAUCAGUGGACCAAUUAGAGGAAAUGACGAGUAAUGUGCAGGAUCACUGUUGUCUUUUCUAUCAUAACACUGAGACACAAAUGAUGUAUAAGAAAAUAGAUUGUUUGAAAUAUAAACCAAACGGUUUUUUUUUUCAUUCUUGUUUUUCUUCUCGUGUAAUCUCACAACGCACCAGACCUGUCCUGUAGCUUCUUAAAUAAACAUUCCAUUGCUGAUGGCAAUUAUAACAUGGGAGUUAAAUGAACUGGUAUAAAUCAGAGACAAUAGAGAGAGAGAGAGAUGCAUCAGUACACCCCUGAGGUUUGGCACAAACUGGAUUAGGAGGCAGACGGGGAAAAAAAAACGAGAUUGAUAAAUAAUUUGUUGAUUAUUGAUGGCAUUGUUCCCGAGCUGCCUCGUUCUAAUUAAACUGAGUUUCUGCUGUAA